AUGUUCAUCUCUACUUCAUUUGUUCAUUUAUCUAUCUAUCUAUCUAUCUAUCUAUCUCUUAGUCGCUUAUCAGUUCAUAUCUAUUUAUCUAUCUAUCUAUCUAUCUAUCUAUCUAUCUAUCUAUCUAUCUAUCUAUCCACUGAUCCAUCCAUAUAUAUAUAUAUAUAUAUAUAUAUAUAUAUAUAUGUUAUCUAUCUAUCUUUCUUUUUUUUCUAUAUUUUUCAAUCUAUCUCUCACUUUCACAGUUUCUUUGUCUAUCUCAAUAUAUUCAUAUUUAUCUCAGCGUUCAAUACUGAUUUGAUUUUGCGAUCUUCCGAUCUAUCUAUCUAUCUAUCUAUCUAUCUAUCUAUCUAUCUAACGGAAUACAACGGGAAAGGAGGGAAGAGAACCGAACAACAGUCUGUCGUAGCAAAACUCAUUGAUGGAAAAGAGAAAUACAACAUGCCGAUGCGUGUCGGGCGCACCUCGUCACGACCUGCCGGUCUAGCACACGCUCUGUUCCCACUACGAUCGGCCACCAUGACUAGCCUCUCGCUUCUUAAUUUAGUUUUAUUUACAAAUCACUCAACCACGCCAUAA